GUUGACUGAAUAUUUGCUCUGAAUAUCAGAUUUCAUUUGUAUUAAAACGGAACUACAAUGAAUGAUUGAUUGAAAAACAUAUCUCCUGUAGAUGGGAUAUUUCGCAAAAUGUAUGUUAACUGGUAUGUAUAUUAAUCAGAUAACUGCGGUUAUACGCACGCUGAUUGGGUUAACUAGAACUCCUGUUCCGCCUCUAGUUGAUGGAAAUACAGUACUACACAUUGCUUCUGGGCAGAGAUGAACUGAAUUUACAACUGCAUAGAUUGCCAACACACCUACUGCUUUGUCAGAAAAAACUAAUCUGGAUUUUGCAGUCAGCUGGCAGAUCUGGAAUUUAGUGUGCUGAAACUAAGUAACGUCCAGAAUAGGAAACAUUAUAUAAAAGAAUUAUUUAUAAGAAAGGACUUUAGGUUAUACAGUUCACUGUCCUCAAACUGCUUUUUUAAGCUGCUUGACACUAUUGAUUUGACAUAGUCGAUUAACAAAAUGGACAAAGGAAUGGAUAAUCCUGCAUUCAUCACCGAUGACAACCUCAAUGUAGAACAAAACUCAAAACAAGAAAACAUUGCACAAAUAGAAGUGCCUAAGCAAGAAUUUGAAGAAGGGCCGUGUGGCUGGGGAAGAUUUACACCAAGCUGGAUUCAGUGCUGCAACAAUCCAAAAGGAUACUUGGUCUUUUACAGUCUGCUAGGUAUCAUUCAAGGUACUUUAGUGAAUGGUCUGGUGAACAUCAACAUAACUACAAUUGAGAAGCGAUACAACUUGAACAGUUUCACCACAGGAGUGAUUUCUACAGGCUACGAUAUGUCCUUCUGUGUUUUAUGCCUUUUUGUCUCUUACUAUGGACAAAAGGGGCACAAGCCACGAUGGCUGGCUUUUUCGUCUUUUAUGCUGGGAUUGGGAUCACUUGUGUUUUGUCUUCCUCAUUUCACUAGUGGCCUGUAUAAUUAUGGUGCACAAAUAAGAGAUACUUGUACUACCCCUCACAGUAAUGCUAGCAUACCAGCUUGUGUUACCUCCACAGCUACAAAAUCCUCCAGUUUUCUACUUGUGUUUCUUCUGGGUCAACUGCUACAUGGGGUAGGAGGAACCCCUUUGUACACACUGGGAACGGCCCAUAUUGAUGACUCUGUCUCUAUCGAGAAAAGUUCCCUUUAUAUAGGUAUUGGAAGUGGUAUGUCAGUUCUGGGCCCUGCGUUUGGAUAUAUCUUAGGUGGUCAGUUGCUGGACAUUUAUAUUGAUGUUAAUAGAAUUUCCAAAGUUCCUUUGAUGCCAGAUGACCCUCGAUGGCUUGGUGCUUGGUGGAUCGGGUUUCUUCUGUGCUGGAUACUGGCCUGGUGUCUAGUUGUACCCCUGACUUGCUUCCCAAAGCACUUACCAGGUACAGCAGAAAUCCAACUUCAAAAGGUUUCUCAGGCCCACAAUGGUGUAACUACAAAAGCUUUCUUAAAGCCUAAUUUUGGAGAGAGUUUUAAGGAUUUCUUUGUGGCACUACUGAUGUUGUUGAGGAACCCUGUUUUCGUAUUCUUAGUUAUAGCAGGCACCACUGAAGCACUGGUCAUCACUGGAUUUGUCACAUUUAUGCCAAAAUUCAUUGAAAAUCAGUUUGGCCUAACUGCUAGCCUAGCAGCAAUUCUAGGAGGAGCAGUACUUAUCCCUGGAGCUUUCAUUGGUCAAGUUAUUGGUGGGCUCAUCAUUUCCAAGAUGAAACUUCAAUGUCGAGAUGUGAUGAGAAUGGGUGCAGUCACAUGUGUAUUAUCACUGCUUUGUGCUUUAGUUUUUGUUUUUGCUAAAUGUUCAAACCACCCAUUUGCUGGAAUCAACCAGGACUAUAACUUUAACAGCACUGCAGAAAAAAUCGACUUGGUGGUACCCUGCAAUAAGGAGUGUCAUUGCAUCCGUUCUUACUUCAAUCCAGUAUGUGGUGCAAAUAAUGUCCAGUACUUUUCUGCAUGCUAUGCAGGUUGUACUAAUGCAACAAAAGCAGAUGGCACACUGAUUUAUCAGAACUGUUCAUGCAUCCAACAAGUUGGAAAUUCAUUUGCUGCACAAGAAGGAAAAUGUGGCUCUUCUUGUGGCAAGCUGCCUGUGUUUAUGGGGUUGUUUCUGCUUGCUAUCUUUUUCACGUUCAUGACCAGCACACCAAUUACAACAUCUGUUCUCAGGUCUGUUCCUGAUAACCAACGCUCGUUUUCAUUGGGCAUUCAAUGGCUGUUUAUAAGGAUCCUAGGCACCAUUCCAGGACCAAUUCUAUUUGGUACAGUGAUUGAUCUAUCUUGCGUCCUGUGGAAUAUGGAUGCGUGUGGUGUUAAAGGUGCAUGCUGGACAUAUGAUAACCCAAAAAUGGCCAGUUUGAUUACAGCCAUUGGCACAUGUGCCAAAAUGAUCUCGAUUAUUGCACUUGUUGCAGCUUCUUUGCUGUAUAAACCACCACAGAUUAGUGAAGCUGCAGAACAAACAACUGAUCAGCCAGUUCAACGGUGGAAAUCCUGGGCUAAGACCAAGUUUUAAUUGUGGUUUAGAAAUAAUGUGUUUACCAACCUUUAAAGCAGUGCAAUAAUGAAUGCAUAACAUACUGUAAAACACACAAAAAAAAACAUUUUAUAUAUACAUUUCUUUCCUAAGUAUGACAAUGAUUGGAAAUUUCUGUCUUGGAUGGCUUCUACUUUAAAGUGUAUGUCUAUCAUUUAAAGUAAUUAGAUUGAUUUUGAUGUAACUUUGCUCUACUGUUCAGGUCUGAUCAGAAACCAUCUCCUUUUUCUAAACCUUUUCCUCAUUAUGAUUUUUUGGUAAACACAACAACUGGUGGAAAUUGAUUUAAAAAUGCCCAUUACCACUAUAUGAAAGCAUGAGAAAUACGCAAACUGCUUUAGUAGAUAUUGGAGGUGCCCAGUGACUGUCUACUGUUCUUGAUGUUUCACAGGUGAAGAAAGUGAUAUCUAGCCUUUAUUUUGGCAUCCUCCAAAAAUAGUAAUUAACUAAAUGUUAUUGCUAAAUAAAUUGCCAAUGAAAUACUUUAGGAAGCCUUUAACAAAUGAAUAGAAUAGAACUAAAUAUAGAAACUACAUAUAUAAUAACUAUAAGUGCCCAUGUAUUUCUGCUUCAGAUUUGACUUCUAUUUUUCAUUAUUGUUUCUUGCAGCCCACUUUGAAACUACAUUAAUUAAUUCAACCCUGUAGCCGAAAUACUUUUCUAACUCAGGUCUAGUGCCAUUGAAUAACCGUUUCUAGGUCCAUGUUCUUUUAUACCCUUAUGUCGUGUUGUCCUAGCCUUCCACAUAGCUAUCUUGUUAAUAUUUUUCUUUUAGUGGCCAAACAGAAUGAAGGAGUCCCAAUUUAGAAUGUCAAGCUGUUUAACUGGGUCAUAAUAGAGAUGUGACACUUCUCAUUAAAUUCCCUGAGUUGAAGAAGAGGGAAAAAACCCUUUUAACCCAAAUCCUAUCCUUAUCAACUUGCACGGUGCUUGUUUAAGAGUUACUACUGCUAUAAGGAGGAUUGGUUAUGGUAUUAACAAACCAGCAAUGCUUCUGAGGCUGUAUCCUGGUAUGAGCUGAAUCGAACCCAAAAAGAUGGAAUUAAAAAUAACAAAAGUAACAGAAGGUAAAAGGGAAAAUCUUGGAAUCCAAAUGAGCACUACAGGAAUGUUGGGCUGGUCUGCAAGUUUAAUUUGCCCAUGGUUUGAACUUCUAGUCCCAGAUUAUUCACUUGUGGACAAAUAACGAACAUUUAUCAAGCAAUUUCAACCUGGAAAGGAGGCAAAAUUGGAGGAAAGCUGUCUCUUGUUUUCUCUCUGAUGUUACUAAAUAGCCACAGAAGACUAAAAACAAAGAACUGUGGAUGCUGGAAAUCU